AUUUCACAGUCAUAGGUCAAAACCAGCAAAUCCAGGAGCCCUCCACUCAAAGAAUUGCACCUCUAUAUAAGGCAUCCUCUCUAUCAGCACAUCUAUUCUUCCCAUUCUUUUUAGCCUACUGAAGUUCAAACCUUUUCUUCUCAAGAACUCAAUCAUUUAUUCCUCUCACCUUUUUAGCUAUAGAAAAUAGACAAACUCAUACCAUCUCUGCUCACAACCUCUGCCUUAAUUUCUUCUGUAUGCAUUAAAAUGCAGACCUCAUCAUGUCAUUCUUCACGUUUUUACUCAACUGAUGAUACUGAGGGUGACCAUUAUGAUUCAAGGUCAGCUUCCUUCUCCUCUCUCCCAAGCCUUCCAAAAGUUCGAACCCUUACAUCGCAUCCCAAUCAACAAAACCAUCUUUCCAGCACUCUAAGCCACUGCUUAACAACUCUCACAGGACAUAGCUCCUACAUAUUCUCUCUUACUUUGGCUGGAAAAUUCCUAUACACGGGGUCCUCCGAUAAUGAAAUCAGAUUAUGGAAACGCAACCCCCACAGCUACGAAGAUGAUGAUGAGAUUAUAGCUAAUAAUGUGGUGGCAGUUGGAAAAGGUGCAGUGAAGUCUCUGGUUGUUUUAGCUAACCAGCUCUUCACUGCACACCAGGACUGCAAAAUUAGAGUAUGGAAGAUAAAAACCCAAGACCCGCAUAAGAACAUAAAAUAUGAAAAAAUAGCUACUCUACCCACUCUUGGUGAUCGGACUGUAAAACUUUUAAAUCCAAACAAUCAAGUUGAAAUUCGAAGGCAUAAAAAAUGUACAUGGGUACAUCAUGUUGACACAGUCUCUGCACUAGCCUUAUCAAGAGAUCAGUCCCUGCUCUAUUCUGUUUCAUGGGAUAGAACACUUAAAGUCUGGCAAACAUCCGACUUCAAAUGUUUGGAGUCGAUUAAAAAUGCACAUGAUGAUGCUAUAAAUGCAGUUGCAGUGUCUUAUGAUGGAGAUGUUUACACAGGAUCUGCAGAUAAGAAAAUCAAAGUAUGGAAGAAACUUCCGGGAGACAAGAGGCACACUCUGGUUAACACACUGGAGAAGCACAAUUCAGGGAUAAACGCCUUGGCGCUUAGUCCUGAUGGAUUUUUAUUGUACUCUGGGGCAUGUGAUAGAUCAAUAUUAGUGUGGGAAAAGAGCAGCCAUGAUGACAGCAUGGAACUUCUAGGAGCUUUACGAGGCCAUACCAAAGCCAUAUUGUGCUUGGCUGCAGUUGAUGACUUGGUUUUCAGUGGUUCAGCUGAUAAAACUGUAAGAGUUUGGAGAAGGGUUGGGAGAAACUACUCUUGUUUGACAGUGUUAGAAGGGCACCAGGGUCCAGUCAAGUGCUUGACUGCAGCAGCUGAUGCUUAUUGCCCACAUGAUAGCACAUCAUUUUCGAGUUAUCUUCUCUAUAGUGGAAGUUUAGAUUGUGAUAUUCGAGUGUGGCAGGUAUUGGUUUCUAAGUAAGCCAUCAUAUGUGCUCAGUAAGCAUAUUACCUUAUAGAUUAGUAUCGUUUAGAUGAUUAAUAUUAUAGUUUCACAAAUUGCAGGUAAUCAAAGUGAACUUUUGAUGUCAUAAACGUAUCAAUAAACGAUGAUAUUAUAGUACAA